AUGUCACCUGUUUGUUUCACCUGAAAUUUACGCGAAAAUAUCAUUUCUAAACCAUGCGAGGUCUGACAAAGGCAUGUGGGAGGCUGGCAAGUCCGAACUCUCUUUAACCUCCCUUUUCCUCUAAAUAUAGUUGCCAUGAGUAACUAACUGUAACUAAUGUCCGCCGCAAUGAAAAUUAAUAUCGAUUCUAUCGAUUGAAAGAUUGGCCUUCAUCAAAAGUUACCUGAACAUGGUAUUUAGUUCGGGUGCUUCUGCACGUUUUAAUUUCGUUUUGAAACGUCUACAUUUUUCUCAUAAAACGUAUCCUCGAUCAUUUCAGUCUCCGAAAAAUGCUCGAAAGCGCUCGAGAAGCCAGAGAAACGAAGGAAAACCGCCGACUAAGAGAAGAAAAAUAGCUUCGAAAUUGGCGGUAACUAUCUUGUGCUUCUUUCGAAAAAAAAAUUUUUCAAAGAUUUUUAGAGACAUAAGUUAUGUUACAAAAAACGUAAAGUUAUUGAAAGUUUUGUGGUCAUUCUGAAAAUUACCCGAAAGAUAGCUAAAAAUCUUCAAAAAAUUUUUGAGGCGACGUGUUAGAACUCUCUUUUGACCUCUACUUCGGAGUUUCAGAUCCUCCCUCCCACAGUCCUGCAGAAAAUCGUUGCGGAACUGCCACUGACUGACCACAUUUCUUUCCGGUCAACAUGCCAGGCCGCCCACGAGGUACUCAACUUCUCUCUCUUCCAAAAUGAACGAUCUCCAGGCCGUCGAAGCAUUUUGGCUUUCUCAACAAUCACUGAACAUCGGAAUGCUAGAGAAACUGUUCCCCAAAUUGAAAACGGAGAACUGGCGCAAACAUGGGGUUUACUCUUUGGCGAUGGAGGUUUUUCACGCAGUUCAAACUCACCCGAAUCGAUUCUAGCUGGACAGCGUUUUCAACCUUCUGACUAUCGGAAACUUGAAAAAGAUGAGUCUGACCGGCCUCCGAACUGUACAUUGGCCGACUCUCGUUGAAAUUGUUGAACACGUAUAUUUCUAUCCAGUCUGUGAACCCUUCUUAUGAGCUGAUUCAGGCCACGCUGGAAGAAAAUACUUCGACUUUUGCUUCGGUCCGCUGGCUGGACAUUCGCGGCUGUCUCAUGUCACCUGAUGACUUCAGACAGAUGUCGUGCUCUCUCAAAGGCCUAGAGACGAUCCACAUCGACCGACAUUUCCAAGCCAUCGUUCCGCCGAAACAGUCUGUUUUUCCUCGACUCCCUUAACAUUCAGCUUUCAGGGAGGUGAAAAAACCGAACGCCUGGUUCGAGUCAAUCCGAGGUUCUGCCGGCAAAAUAACGUCGUCCCAGAGAUUCUGCCGGCCCGACGCCCCGCACGCCUCCACGGUCGACUGGAUCUUCCAGCUUUUUCCGGCUCUGCGACACGUUGUCAUUGACCUUGCCCACGACCACCAAGACGUUGCCGAUUAAUCAUUCAACUUCUUAGACACGUUUUAAUUCGUUCUGUAGUCUGAAAACAUUUUUGCGCUCAUUUUUGGCAGUAUGAGAAAAAUAAAUAUUUUCUCACACGAAAUCCAUGUUGCGAAUCCUGUUGCAGUGGUUUCCCACUAACUUCUCGCUUUCCACACUUUUUUCAAAUCGUUCGUCUGGCCGCCAAUCUCUGUGAAAUGCUCUCUAUAUAUUGAUAAAAAAAAAGUACCCGGUUGGAAAAUUGAAGCUUACAGGGUUCUCGAAAAUGUGCGGGAUUUUUUUCGUCUUUUUUUCUUUUUGCUAAUGUCGAUUGUAUGAUUACAAAGACGUUGCAAAAAUGGGAAUAUUUAAAUUUCUUCUUGUCUUUAUAAGAGACGCCGCAGGGUGAAAGGGGUGGUAAAGCCAAGAUUGUGCGAGGGCCGGGCGGUGAGUUUAUCGGCCCCUGCCCAUAUAUGUUAUCCCUUAAAAAGAAAUAUAAACUAUGAUUUAAUUAAAGUUAACUUGUAAAAAGAAUUUUCGGGUGAAAACUUUGAGUGAGGAUGAGAAUUCUUUUAACCGAACUUAUAUAUUUUUUCGUAGCCCGCGCAGGCUUUUUCAUGUGAAGACACGUUAAGUGAUCAAAAGAAUGAGGCCCAGAGCCCGGUUCGGCUAACGGCGGAGCAGGCUUGUGCGUCAGGCCGGGCGGCCCGGGCCGGCCUGGCCCGGGUUUUGGGCUUCAUUUUCAGGAAAAAAGCCCGCAUGGGCUCGGGCCGGGCAGGCUUCAAAAAAAAAAAAUUCAAAGUUUUCUUUAAAAAAUUUUUACCGAAAUGUGGCUUUUACUUCUGAAAUCAUAGUUUUUGUUAAAAUUUAAUUGAAAAACUGAGCAAAAACGUAAUUUUUGUCGUAAAAAAACUUGAUAUCCGAUUAGAAAAAAAAUUGCGCGCUUCGGGCCGGGCGGGCCAUUUUUUCUUGAGGCCCCGCUAAGGCCGGGCCGGGCCGGGCUUACGAAAAGGUUAAGGGGCCGGGAGGGUGACGGGCCGGCCCUCGCACAAGCCUGCGGCGGAGUGUCGUAAGAGGACGGAAGUUUGCUCCAGCGCACACUUUUUUUUAACCUCGUUUUUGAAUUUUUUUAUUUAUUUUUUUCUUUUCUUUCCUAUUUUCCAAGCUUUUCAAAAAUUUAAAAAGUCAAAAAAAGCUUACUUCAGAGCGUAAAUAUAUACAUGAAAUGAUCUCUUAUUAUUGCGCGAUGGUUGCGCUAAGCUAAGCUAAGGCACUCCCAUUAGUUAGUAUGUGAUUUCAUGCCCUUUAGUGGGCAGAAAGUGCACUCAAACGUUGUCUUCUUGUCAAGAAUCGAACUAUGUAGAACAAAAAUUUGAAAUCAACUCAAAUUUUUAACCUUCUGAAAGGCCAAAAAAGAGCUCUCAAAAACAAAGUUAAAUUUUGAUACUUACUCUGUUUUCUUUGCGCUAUUUUUAUAGUUCAGUUCUUUCUCAAAUUAUUUUUUUGGAAUCUCUUUUGAGCUGUCUUACUUUUGAUCGAUUGAAAAAUAACUUGUUAAAAAAAUGUUUCAGUAAGCGCUUUCGCACACUGAUUUGAAAUUUCCGUUCAGCGAUUGAAAGUGUUUUGUUCUAUAUUUGAAAAGCUUGAAAAAAAAAAUGAAUUUCAUAAAAAUGAAGUCAGUUAUGGUUCAUUAAUUUCAUUUUUUUUUUCGGGUCAUUCAAUUUCUGCGAGUUCCCGUUAAAUAUUCGAGAACUUGUUGAUGUUCUAAAAGUUGUUUACCAAACUUCCGCGCAAUCACUGCAAAGAAACUGCGUGUUAGCUGCAGUCAUGCCAUGGCAAACCGGUGCGUGAUGAUAAAUAUCUGAAACAUUUUGUGAGGAAAAAAAAUUUGCAGUAGUUUUUUUCUCAUUUUUUUUGUGUAAUGUUUUCUAAAAUGAAUCAAAAGCUUGUUUCCAGCCUCGUUUUCUUUUUUUCAUGGUGUUCGCAAAAAUUUUUGUUUUUCAGUUUAUUUUUCGAGUUUAACAACGGCGACAACUUGAAAAUGGUUCGUUUGUUUAUUUCAAAAAAACUUCUAUGAGUGGGUUCUCAGAGUGAUUCGGAAGAUGAUGAUGUUUCGAUUUCUGGAUCCGAAGGAGAUCAGGAAGACGACGAAGUCGAAAUGGAAGAAAUCGACGACGGCGGGAACGAACUCGAGAACGUCAUCAGUGACCGUUGCGUUUUGUUUUUGGUUCCGUUGUUGUGAAUUUUAUAUUAAAGAAAGUAGCUUUAUAGUUGUACAAAAAUGGUUCAAUUUCAAAGAAAUAAUCGGUUUGCGAUUUCGUUCAUGUUAUUAGUUUAUGGGGAGACUUACACGUGUGUUGUUCAUUUUUACAAUAAGAAACGUUUAAAAAAAGUUACCAAGCCAACCCUUGUUCUGUUCGCUAGAAAUUUCAAAACUAGCUAUGUAGCUAGAUUUUCGUCUCAUCAGAUGAUUUUCAAGCUGCAAAAGGCUGAAUGAGAAAGAAUUAAGAAUUAUCCGUUUUUAAAUAGUUUUCCAAUCAAUCAGUACUUUUCAGUUAAAAGUCCAACUCCUAAAUUAUUUUUAUAUUUGUUUUUUUAUCACUGUUUGCGUUCUCGAAGUGCUGCCUUAUCAGCUGUUAUCUGCAGUUGACGACAACGAUGCGGUCUCAGAAGGAGGAGACAAAAGAGCCAAAUGGUUCCAGAAGGAGAUUUGGCAGCUCAAAAAGUUGCCCUAUUACGCAGAUCUCGAAAAACAAGCCAAUCAGCAUUUCAUCAAUGUGAAGGUGCUUCGUUAAUGGUCUUUUCCCUGUCAUCUUUCCGAGUUUGCAGCAAGGUCUGGCCAAUUCGGUGCUGCUCAAUGAUGCGGCCAUUGGUUUCACCCAUUGGAUUCUUGAGCUUGAAAGGUUCUUUAUUGCUUCGAUGUAUUUUUAUGGCUCUCCUCAAAGAGAUACUGUUAAUCAAUGUUCAUAUUGGUGCAAAAGGAAUUACUUUUUUCCGUGAUUGACCAAGAAAAAAUUUGGAGAAACUUUUCAAAUAAGAGAUGGAAGAUCAUUGUCUAAAUAUAGCCCUCAUUGAUUCUUUUCAAACUUCCAGAAGGCCUUAAAAUUCGUGUUUUUCAAAGGGAUCUAGUUGAAUUCCACUCAACAGAAAGAGUAUUCAUGAUAAUUUUGAAAGUUAGAAUUGAAACCUGUUACAAAAUUGCUGUUGUCUUUUUCCUAGACCCUCCAAAAAAAAAAAUGCAGGAACCUUUACAUUAACAGGUUACAGAUAUAUCGAAUUGUACAACCGGCGAUUCUCCAAAGAGGAGCACAUCCAAAUGAUAAAGUUGCUGUUGCCAUUGGUGGUGAAAGGCCAAAUCUUCAGAAAUGUGAAGAUCGCCAUGCACGCUCUCAAUAUUCUCUUGAGGUUUUCGGAAUAAUCAAUAAAAAACGAAAAAAAAAAACUUCAGCAAAAGAGAUUUCUUGCUGCGAGGUGACCUUUGCAUCGAAUGGAGACCUCUGCACGAUUUGUACAUGGAAGUUGCCUUCAAGAGUUUAGAGGUUCGUUGAGAACAAGUUUUGAGAGCGAAAGAAUGAGAAAUACCUAAAUUUUGGAACUCUUAAAAAAAUUCAAAAAAACAAAGUCAAGUUGAUUCAUUGUUGGAAAAAAAGAUUAAUUGGCUCCAAUCAACAAAAAAAUUUUUUUUAUAUAAAUAGUAAAAUGGUUGUUAAGCGAGUGAAAAAAACUGAUUUUUCAGCUCAUAAAAAAAAACAAAACAGUUUCUUUUAUUUGGAUUGAAGUAUUUAAAUAUUUUGACUGAAAAUUCAAGGAAGACGGCGUUUUCUUGAUUCCUGAAGGUUUCCGCAGCGAUCUCCAUACAUUAGUCUUCUACGCCCGCAACUAUUUCAACGAAAGUGCGGUCCAGGAACUUCUCGACGAGGUCGAAAUUUCCUUUCUUCUUUCCAAUAAAGUUUCAUUAUAGUGCCGACCUCACAUGUGUGUUUGGGAUGAGGCCAUGAUCCGGUCUUGGAAAAUCCUCGACAUGUUCGUUCCCAUGAACUUUGUGCCGGCGAUUCAGCAUACUUUGGGUAAGAAAAUUUUAUGGCCUUUUUUGACGAAGAACUCCUUUUUGAACAGAAAAUAGAAUAGGUUUCAUUAAAUCAAACCCUAAAAAGGACGUUUAAAAAUAAUUGAUUCGAACUUUUUGGCUUCUGUUUGAAUAUUGACUGUAGAAGUAUGAGAAUCCAUUUCAGGAUCGGUUCUUUGGUUCGACGAGGCUUGGCAUUGGUACACAAGUGUUGAGAACAAUUCGCUUUUCGAGCCACAUAUCAUGAAAAUGUUUGCAAGGUAGUUUAAAACUGUUUUUCGUGAAAAAAAAAUUCGAAUCGAUUGUCAGAAUUUCCUACGAGUGCCCUGGCUUGGUUGACUGGACGCCCAAGCUCGAUCUCAUUUUCAACAAGGUUUUUUUUCUUCUAUUGUUCAUAUUUCGAAGGAGAAAUUCAGUUGAUCCGCUCACUUCGCCUUGGAAGUCAGUCGGGCCUUUGCCAGACUUUCAACAUGGAAACGGGGUCCAUGUGGAUCGUUUACAUGCUCGGAACCGAUGCCCAUGAUGCGUUCGUUUCAUUUUUUGUUUUUUGAAAUAUUAGGAAUGAAGAUCUCGGUAGGCGAAUGGCUUUUUAGAACAUUUUAUCUAUUUUCAAGAAAUUUUCAAGUGAGAGAUCGUGCACAAAUAGCGGUGCAAAAUUGUACAAUUAUAUUAUUUACUAUUCUAUCAUUAAUUUUGUUUCUUUGUACAGUUUGAGAGUUGAGUCAUUCUACGAACAACCCGUUUAAUUUUUUCAUGCUCAAUCUUUUAGAGUUGUGGCUCAUAUCAAGCGAGUUUUGGGCCAAAUCGAGUCUUUCCUUCACCCAUCAAACAAUGGAUCUCACACGCAACAUCUCCUCAAUUUUAUCCACAAGUUCGUUUUCCAAUAAAAUUCUGAAAACAUUAUCCACAAAAAUGUUACAGACUCACCUACAAUAUUCUGUUGCGCUUGAAAAGAGAACGAACCGAGAAACCGUCAAAGCCGAAAACCAUCAAUUUGGUUCAACGAAAUUCUUUUCCCUCUAUGUAAAACUUUCCUCUAGAUCCCCGAUGCGAUGAAGUUGACGCAGAAAAAUUUGGACGACUUCAUGUUGAUGAUCGUCCCCAGUAUGAAAUGGGCCAUUUUCACUAAGACCCGCAAUGAGUUGGAAAUUAUUCGUUUUUCGGAACUAGACUUUUUUUUCAGAUUCAUCAGCCCCACAUUCAAAACAUGCACUCUUUUGUGCCCGAAACUGUUCUUGCCCUUGGUUCUCGACAUGUCAGUUUAUAUUUACCGCCUAAAAAUAGAAAAAAUUUCAUUUUCAGGGUGUAUCCCGCAUUGGAAACCUUGACUGAGCCACAUCGACUUCUUCAAACUCUGAACACUUUGCUCGGCGUCGUGAUUCCUCUCGUUAAAGAUCAACCGGACAAGAAUGGAAAAUCUCUGAGGCAAAUCAAUUUCACUUAACUUGAGAGCUAUCGAAAUCACUUUGAAAACCUUCGUUAGUUUUUUUUUUUUUGCAGAGUGCAUGCGAUCAAUUUGUUGAAUUCUGUCCUGCCUGGCUUGGACCGCAAUGAUAUCAGCAAGUGCAUGAUUACUUAUCAGGUAAAUUUUUCAUGAAAAGGAACUACAAAAACAUAAAAAACAAGUUCUUGUCAUGUUUGGUAUCAAACAAAAAGAAAAAAGAAUUUGAUAAAAGCAAAAAGUCAGAUAUUUGAAUUUUUCGAGGACAAUUUCAUACAUGAGCAAGUAAAAAACUCAAUUAGUCCUGGAGGAGGGAUUGGCUUACGGAAAUUUACCAAAAUAACUAUUAAAAAAUUAUUUUUGAGCUCAAAGAGGUAUUGUUGACUACAAUAAAAACGAGUUUCAAUCUUGGGUAGGUAUUUAUGUCAUCAAUUUGAGAACAUUUAGAAGCCAGGGUAAAAAAAAAAUCAAGAUUCCCAUGUUUGGGCCAUCUUGUUUGAGAAAUUUCAUGUCACUAGAAUAAUACUGGAAAUUAAUUUCGAACUUUUCAUAAAGUCAGUGUUUUUUUUCAAUAGAAACCUUUUUCCACUAAACUAUUUCUCAAGGUGGUCGGCGCCUUGGUGAACUUGAUCCCUCUGGUUGAUUGCUCUGAAGCCGUGCACCUGCGCGACGACCUGACCGAGGACGAGCGCGAACUUUGCUCAGCGACGGCCAACCUCGAGAACAUUCUCUACACAAUCAUGCAGCGGAUGAUCGAGAUGCUCGUCGACUGCGGUCACACCUCCAGCACGACCAGCGCCCACGGGUCCAUCAACAUCAAGAACACGAACAUCGAGGACAGCAUCCUCCACAGGUCUCGUUCAUCAUCUGAGGCGUCAGAGCAGAUAUAAUCUAAUCUCUCUUCAAUAAUCUUAUGAUCGGAAUCCAUCAUUAAGGCUUUCUUUAUCAAAAGAAAAUAAGAAAAGUAUACAAUCACUUUUAUCCCAGAAAAUAGGAAAUUUAAUAGAAAAAUAUGAACAGGCGAGGAGCAGAAAAUUUUCUCAAAAAUAGAUACAAAAACGUUUUCUGAUUUUUAAAACUUUCAAAAUUUCUCCUAUUUUUUUUCUCGGACUUGGCUAAUUGGGAGAGAGUCCUGAGUCGCGAGUGUGAAUUGAUCUCUCUGGAAAAAUUUCUGAGCUGUCUGAUUCAGUUUUUUUCCUUUUUUUACAGAGGAACUGUGUCUGUAUUCAAAGGAAUUUGUCGCAACAGCAGCACGCAAAUGUUCGAGGUUUGAGUUUUUCCUGCGAUAAACUUAUAUUUAUUUACAAAAAUUAUUCAUUCAGAACUGAAAUAAAUUUUUCAGAUGGCCAUCGGAAAAGUCUAUGAUUUUGCCUGUGAAUACGUUUUCGACAGUAGAAUUGUGUGCGAUGCUCUUUCGGAUAUGAUCAGUUCGGCUGUCAAGGUUUUCCCCCCAAUUUUCUUCAUUCUACGUUUUCUGUUCUAGCUCUAUCCCGAAAAGACUUUCAACCGGUUCUUCAAACUCAUUACUUCGAAGCUCCAAAACUGCAUCACUCGUAAGAAUUCCAAUUCUUACUCAUUAACGAGUCAAUACUUCAGCUGAGGUCUUCACUGAAGAAAAGGUCGAUUUCCACGUUAUUUGGUGGCUUUCGAUGGCUUCGCGAAUCGUUAAAGUGCGGAAGUUCGAAAGAAUGUUUCAAAAAUAAGGUUUUUUACAGGUCAGGUCAGAUAUUCUGUUGGAGAAUUGGACGCAAAUACGAGCCAUGGUCGAUCUCGUCAUGCCUUUGAUGAAAUGUACCCUCGCCUCGGAGGUUCUUUUUCAAUGAGACCAUAAAAAAAUUGGAAAAAAGUUAUACAUUUUCAUGGAAAAAUAAUCGAAAAAAGCGGACUUCGUGGGAGUAAAAUUUCUAUAAAGUUACUAUCAUUAUUAAAACCUUCCAUAUUUAACAUAUAUCUUAUUAUUUCCUCUGCAUUUGACACUUUAAGAAAGCCUUCGGCGUUCUGGACAGUGUUCUGGAACAACUCUGCUCCGUGUACAUUUUGCCGGGGGCGCAGCGGCGGAUCAACUACGACAAGCCGCUCGACGAGUACCUUGCCAUCCGUCAUUGGGCGGCGCCCAUCGACAACAAGACCUGGCAGCCGUCUUGGUAAGAUUCGAAUGCAAGGAAUUAUUGAAGGAGUACUUGGAAUAUUUGAUCGAGUCACUUAUUCUAAAGUAAAUCAUCGUUUUUUCUAAGCUUUUUCGAAAACUGUUACUUCAAAAAUACAAUUUCUCAAUCAAGCAGAAAGAAAUUGUUUUUAGGCACAUUCCGAACCAAGAAGGGAUCGACCGCGCGACCGAGCUAUUCAAAGAUUUCGUCAUGCCUUGUAUCAGUCGGCUCAGCAGUCCACAUGGAUUGGAAAAGUAGAAAAACAAUUUUUUAUCGAAUUAAGUCUCGAAAAUUCAGAAAAGAGAUUUUGCACCGAACAAUGCUGGUGCAGACUUGUAUAUUGUCCUGUUCCAAUUCCUUGCCGCUCUUCGAAGGACCCAUCCUGCCGCUCAACGACGCACCAACCAUCGUCCCAGAAAACGAGCCCGAAUAUAUCAUCAGUCCUGCCGGAACGCCAGGUACUGUGAGAAGAAAAGUCAGGAAAUAUCAAGGAUUAUUUUGGGCAUAAAGCGUCUUGAUGUCUUGAGUUUCAAACUAUUCAACUUGUCAUGACUUUGAAUUAUUUCUCAAAUCAAAAAAAUUUUCUUUGCCCAUUCAUCAUUUUAAUUUAUUUCAAGUAAUGACGAUCGAUGGGAAGAACGUGCGACAAAUCGUCUUGGAUUGCGCGCUGAAGUUGCUGGACUACCUCCUGGAGCACUCACCCGACGACGUCAAGUCGAUUCGUGAAGCCAUUUCGAUCCUCAGAAUCCUUCCUGGCUUCCGUGGAAUCAACAAGGUCUGUCGAAAGUCUCCUUAUUGAGGAAGGUUCCUUCUUAGGACAUGUUCACUCAUACCGCGAGCAGUUUCCGCGUCACGAAGCUGAUUCUGUGCGACCGCCUCUCCGGCAACAAGAACAACAUCGAGAUGGUCGUCGAGGAGUACUUGUCCCUCCUUCACAAGGUUUAAAUCUAUUUUAUUCAGCUGUGUCCUGUAUUAACUAAACACAGCUGCGGUUUUUUAAAGUAAAGUUUGUUGUAGAACCUGGUGAAACUCAUAUGAAGCUUGCCGGAAGUCUGAAACUGGACUUACUGAUUCGAUUCAAAAGACAGAUUAUUUUUUCGAGUUUUGCUUUAUUGCCAAGACGCUUCAAAGCUUGCUAAAUUCACAUUUUGGCAAAAAAAAAAACCAGUAUUCUAAUGCGUUUUAACCGUCAAAACUCGCCUAAAUUGCAAUAGUACAGAAGAUUCUGGUUAUUCUAGGUAUAGGAGACCGUGGACUACACUUCAGCAGGAGUAGACUUUCAUCAAAAGUCCAUUAGGGUAUUGAAAUCGCGUUUCUCUUGAGUAGACGUUUGAAAAGUGAAUAUUCAAACAAAACUAAAGCAUUUUGUGGUUUUUUUUAUCAAUGAGCUUUUUUUCAAAUGAAAAUUGAUGAAUUAAAAAAAAAUUAUAUUUCCUUGUUUCAGAAGCGAAUGUCGCACGUCCAAGGCUACAGCUUCAAGCAACAGCACGUUGAUAUUUUGAAGAUGCUUCUGAGAGUCUCGACCAGCUCCUACAGCGAGGUUUUUGUCUUCUUACAUUCAAAACCUGUAAAUUAUCUAUUCCAGAACCGAAUCAAGGCCCAAGCAAUGUUGAUCUACAAGAUGCGCGAGUAUCCUUAUUCGUACAAGUAUAUUCUCGACGACAUUCUCAACUACCUGGAUCCCGCGAGUAAAGCCACCCAUGAACAGAUCAAAGGCGCGCUGUACAUUUUGGUGGACGGAAAACGGCAAGCCCUCUGCUUGAGAAUGGACUUCGCCACUCAGGUUAAGAAAUGCAACCAUUUCAAACAAUGCGGUUUUUUGUAGGGCAGGAUUUGGCCUACGCUUGUUGGUGUUCAGCACAGCGAGAAGCCUUCGAUCAUCCGCUUGUUGGAAUCCGCCCAGAACAUCAUCGUCGAGAACUUCGAGAGCUACCGGAUGCGUUACGAAGUUUGUCCAUUCAUCCUCAGCUUGAUUGAAUCGGGCUUCUAGUGGAAACCUGCGUGCGCCGACGUCGCCCAUCGUCUUCUGGAAUGCGCGGAUCCGUCGAGCCCCCUGCAGCCGUCGACAUUGAAGGCGCCGUCCGCGGAGGUCGUCGCCGCCAAUGCCAACAACCUCACCGACCGCUACAAACGCAUGAAGGACGGCUACGAGACCCUCAUCGCCAGGCUCGUCCAGCUCGCCACGGAUCCCAAUCUCCACUGGCGACCCGUCGACAUGGCUCACGCUAUGCUUUCCAUGCUUGUCCGAAGGUCGCUUUCUUUUCAAAAAUCAAGAAAAGAAUAGAGUUGAAUAGUCUGAUUUAGCCGAUGAAGCAAUGUGAGAAAUGAAUAAGUAGAGAUUGAAAACGUUUUGAAGAAAGUUGUUCCUUCUCGUAACUUCUCAUCCCGACUAUUUCCUGGGAUCGGUAGUCAAACGAUCUCUUUUCGAGCAAUUCUGCAGAUGAUAUAUUUUGUGGUCUCUAUUUCAAAACCAUAUCAGUUUUGAUAGUCUUCAUCACAGGGAAAAUUGUUUUAUGGAUUAAUUUUUUUCAUUGGUUUCAAAGUCCAUAGAAAUAAGAUUUUUAGAGAUCCUUGAGAGUCGUGAAAAUUUUUCACUUUUUUUUCUGAAGCACGAUGUAAUUUUGUCAGUUUUCAAACCUCAUUUGAUUUUAUUUUGAUUGCAAAUCCAGAGCUCAUAGAAAGUAUAUGACCACUGGAAAUGAAGCUUGAUGUAGAUGUUUCAUAUUGUAGAAAAAAAAAAAUUGAGAAAGUGUUUUAAAAACGAAAAUGGAUAUAUUGCAGAGAUGAGCAGUACCCAGAGGACGGAAUCAGACUUUUCGUGCGGCUUUUGGUCCACGACGCGGUGAAGACGCGUCGAAUCGCCGCCGCGGUCCUUUCCAGCUGGCUGAAGAUGAACAAACCGAAAGCCGUCAAGCGCGAUUACAUCCUUCCCUUCCAAGUAACAACGAUUUCGAUCUUUUCCAUCAUCGUCUGGUUUUAGGAAGAAAAUACGGGCGUCGGGGCUAAAUUCCCCAUUAAGUACGGCUUCAGAGACGACAACAGAGUCAUGAUCUACCAAGAAGAGGUUUUGCACUUUUUCCUCUGUUUAUAAAAGUUUUUGUCCAGAAAUUGCCGAAAACCGACGAAGAAUGGGACUCAUUCCAGUUUUGCGGCAAACAACACUGGGGCUUCUACACUUGGCCUGCACAUUUGAAGACGUCAGAAUAAUCUUAUUUCCUGUGAAUUUCGUUGACUUUUCAGAUAUGCACCGCUGAAGGAGCAAGUUGCCAUCAACAGAGAUCCGAGCACUUACAGCGAGAUCGAGAAAUACGUUGUUAGCGCCUUCCAGGUCUCCAAACUCUUCAUAAUAAGCUCAAUUUACUUCCAUUUUCCAGAACCAAGAGUUCAUGACCAAGAUCAGGGUUUUGUACUCGGUGGAAGAAAAGAAAGGAGACGAGGCCUUCAAUCCCGUCAAUUUCACUUUGUUCCAGGUUGGACGAUCAUUUCCUUUCUGUUCUUCAUAUUAAAGUUUCAGGGUCUUUUCCGAGUCUUCAACGACACUCUGGCCGCUUCUUUCAAGGAACAGCUCGAGAUUUUGUGUCUCAGCACCAAGGUUGAUUUCAAACGUUUCUCAUCAGUUCAAAUGUUUGAACUCAGGAGUCCGAACAGAAACUCGCAGCGGAAAUGUCGGCCGCCAUCGUGAACGGCUCGAAGAUGUGGUACUACGCGAAACAGAGGAAGUUGUGGUCCUGGCUAGGACCUCUCCUUUCUCGCACCUUCGAGACCAUCAAGGCAUGUUCUUUGGAACUCUCUCAUAAACUUAGGAUUCGAAAAAGGCCUUCGGAGUUAUGAUUAGAUGUAUAAUCCAUAAGUAGAAAUGACUGAAGUCGGAAAAAAAGCUGUAGAAAGCCUGAAACAAAUUUUUGGUCUAGUUAAAAAUACAAUUAUUCGCCAAUUUUCAAUUUCUUGAUGUCUUUUCAACAUUCACCUUUUCUAAAUAUUUUCGAAGUUGAAAGAUCUGAAAAAAUUUCAGAAAUAUGGCUCAAAGAAAUUAAAAUUUAAGCGUGCUAACUUUUUGAAUCACGUAUGAAACCUUUGUAGAGCCACUCAACUCUUCAAAAUUCAGAUUUUUUUUUUAGACUUGCAAUAAUUUUUGAAGUAAAAGUUUCAUUUUUUGUUUCUAUUGCAGUAGUAAGCGUAAAAUUAGAAAACUAAUUAUUUUAACGAACGGAUUUUUCAGGAAGACUCGCUGAGAAACUGGGGAGUGGCGUUGGCGACGAUGUGUGGCUGCACGGAGCCGCGAGGCGUCAAACCUCUGAUGGACGUCCUUUUCAAACUCCUGGAGCGACCGACGGACAACGCCUUCGCUGCCAGCUCGUACUUGAUAUCCGGCCAGGCAAUCGUUAUUUUAUGUUUUAAGACGGCUGUUCUUGAUCCAAAGCGGCCUCUGCCAAUUCGAAUGGCGAGGAGUUGAACUCUGGAACCGAUACCUCGGCUAUUUGAGACAAGGAAUCGUCCAACAGUACGCCAAUCUUCGUGACCGCAUCGCCGUGUAUGAGAAACCUUCUAUUAUUUUCCUAAAUUGUUCGAUUCUUCAGUUCUCUGGUCUCAGCCAGUUGGUAUGACAUACCGACCAUUUACGUGUCUCCCAACUAUCCGGAUUCACUUCGCCCGCCACCGGUUGAGAUGAUUGUCAACUGGUACCAGGAGCAGGUCUGAGAGCAUUUUCAUGACAGCUCUUUGAUUCUUCAUUUUUCAGCUCACGCCAUGCUGGGAAGAAGUGCGCGUGAGAACUGACGGCGCUUGUCCGGUUCUGAAUGGAGAAGUUUUCGACAUACCAUUUCUUGUGUAAAUCGAUUUCACUCGCAGAUGAAGCCGUCGAUGUCACACUCCUCCUCGUCGGCGUCGCUGUUCGGCAUGGACUCAGAAGUGAAAAGAGCGGCGCGACUGACUCUGAAGGCCGUCAUCGCCUACGUCUACCAGAACGUCAACCAGUCCUACAUCGCUUUCCCCCGCUCGUUCAUCCCCCUGAUUCCGCUUUUCUGUCACUACUCCAACGACGUCGGGUGAGUAGAUGCUGCCGAAUUUACGAGGGCAGAAUUUAAUUUCAAUGGAAAACAUUCAUAAUGAUAUAGUCUGAACCUGAAAAAUAUUGAGAAGCGAUCAAAUAUCUUAUAAAUGUUGUUCAAAAAAAAGAAAGUUUCUCAAUAUUUGUUUUUAGAAACUUGACAAUCUUUGCUUUCCUAGUUUUUUUUCGAAUCAUUCUUGAUCGAAAAGUGAGUUAAUGUGGAUGGACUAUCUGCUGAAAAAAUAUUAAAAAUCGUGAAAUUUUCAACGAAUGUCUUAAAGGCAGAAGGGAGUUUGAUUUUUUGAACUACAAAACAUAUUAAAUUGCUUUAAUUUUAAAAAGAUGUAUGUCCGAAGAGCGAAGAGCUGAUAGACUUUUCUAUUUAUUCUUCUCUGAACCUCGAUAGUUCUUCUUUUUCCAGAGAUGAAGAACUCCAGAGAUCUUGCUCCGCCUUGGCUGCCAACCAUCUUCACGCGAUUUUCGUUUCUGAAAGCAAAGCUGGUCCCAUCGUUCAAGUUGCAACGCAGGUUUCACAUCAUAUCAGUCUAUAAAGCAAAUAAUUUUUUCAAGAUUCUGGCAUCAAGCUGUUGGUGGAAGGCGAAAGUUGCCAUUCUUCGGUUCGUGAAGAUGAUCGUCUUCUCCAAUGUCUUCUUUUUCCUGCCUUAUCAAGACAACAUUGGUGAGGCUUCCAACUAGAAUCUCCUAAUUGAAAUGAGCAGGUCUCCUGUUGUUGACGACCCUGGCUGACAACCAAAUCGAAGUGCGGGAACAGGCGACUGAAACUCUCAGUUCUCUGAUCCAGUCCAAGUUCUUCGAAGUGACGCCCAUGCUCGUGGUUCGUCUGGACCCUCUUAGUCCAACUAGAAGAGUUGUUCCAGGAGAAGUUCAUGGAAGCGGCAAAGUCGACCGACGCCAUCGUUCGUCACGGAGGCGUCUUGGGUCUGUCGGCCAUCAUCCUCGCUUUCCCUUACUCGGUUCCGCCCUUCUUGCCCGACGUCCUCAUGAAGUUCUGUCGUUACGCGACUGAUCGACAGCCCAUUCGGGUGAGAAAAAAAUCAUUGAUCAUUAGAAAAAAAGUUCAUCAGUUUUUCAAAAUGAUAAAAACCCUCUAUAAGCUAGCUUUUGAGCAUUCAUAAUGAAGUUUCAUUUUUUUCCGACUUGAUAUUUGAUAUAAAAAUAUUAUUUAUGGUAAUUAUUCAACCGUGUUUUACGUGACCGAACCAUUUUCUAAAAACUUGAAAAAACAAUCUCAUGGAUAAGACGUGAUCUUGUUCAGGAAACGGUGAAACGCGCCCUGUCGGAGUUCAAACGGACGCACCAGGACUCUUGGCGGGAGCACGAGUCGCAGUUCAACGAGGACCAGCUGACGGUUCUCCGAGACCUGCUCAUCUCGCCCAACUACUACGUCUGA